UCCAGUUUCGAAAUUCCAAGGAACUUAAUUAAUAAUUACGGUGAUCAUCGCUAGUACUGUCAAAUUAUUGGUACUCCUCCCAAUUCUUUCCAUGGAAGCAUCAUGCGGAAUGAUCUCUAAUCCCACCGCAAAACAGGAAGAGGAAGAGAUAAACAUAUCUUUGAGGAUUACUGAAACUGUGAGCGUAAAGAUUAACAAAUCCGAGACCGUUGGAAGACUGAAAACCUUGUUACGCCAAAAGGAAGGCAUACAAGAAUGCCUCCAACACCUCUUCUUGGACGGCAUAUGCCUCGAGAAUGACAAAAGGCUGGUUGAUUAUGGCAUCCAUGGCAACUCCACCCUCAACGCUUACGUUGAAAACUCGGUGCCACUAACGUUGUCUGUCAACAUCCCCUCCGCUAAGAGAACCGUAAUGGUGGACGUGAGAGCUCAAGACACAAUCACGACCGUCAAAGCAUACAUCGAGGCCAAAGAAAACAUCCCUCCAAACCAGUACACUUUGUUUCACGAUGGAAAGGCGCUGGAAGAGGAUAAAACCUUAGCGUUUCUCGAGAUCAAUUCGACGCUGCUUCUUCACAUGAUCUGUAAUCCCAAGGAAACCUUGAAGGUCUCAGUGAAAACGUUAACCGGAGAAAUCGUGGAGACACAGCUUAGGAUGUUGUACACCAUUCUGGACGUGAAAGGCGUGGUUGAGAGCAAAGUUGGGUACCCAGUGAAGGUUCUUGGAUAUAGAGGAAAGCUGCUGGAGGAUUCAGAGACUGUGUCAUAUUAUAACAUCGAGGAUGGGUCCAUCUUGGAGAUCCUGCCACGAGCUACUCAGAUAAUCAUCAAACGGAUUGGGGAAAGCACAUGCUUUGAAGUGUUCUUAUGGGGAUCUGUUAAAAAUCUGAAAGAAGCGAUUUUUGAGAAGUUGGGGGUGCCAGUUAAUGUGCAGAAGCUGAAAUUUGAGGGGAAUAUCCUGUAUGAUUCCAAGGAAUUGGCAAGCUAUGGAGUCAGGAAAGACUCAACCAUUCAUUUAUUUUGAGAACUGUACUAUUUGUAUUCGUUAUUUCAUUUGGUUGGAUUAU